AAAUAUACUUAGGUUCCUAGCUGGAGGUAUCAGUGAUCUACCGCUAUCAGAUACAGAAGCCCGUUAAGCAGAAGCUUCUUAUAUUUCAUCCACAGCGAUCUGACUAUCAGUAGGAAUACUUGAAAUUGACCUUGUAUGCCGAGGUAAUCUAAUUCGUUGCGCUACCAUCACAAAACAUUACGUACAUUUGUGUUGGUCGAAAAUAUCUAGUCAUGAGUAAUUCAGAUUUCGGUAUUAUUGCUUUGGAGAUCUAUUUUCCAAAAUUUUAUGUCUCUCAACAUGAUCUUGAAGUAGAGGACAAAUGUGUGGGAAAGUAUACUCAAGGAUUAGGACAAACAUCUCUUGGAUUUUGUUCAAUACAGGAAGAUAUAAAUUCAAUGUGUCUAACUGUUGUGAGCAACCUUAUCAGGCGUACAAAUCUUGACCUGAAAACAAUUGGUUUUCUCGAGGUUGGAACAGAAACGAUUAUAGAUAAAUCAAAGUCUACAAAAACCGUACUAAUGCAAUUAUUCGAAACAGCUGGUAAUUUUGACGUUGAAGGAACGGAUACAAAGAACGCGUGUUUCGGUGGUACCUCUGCUUUGUUCGGUGCGCUUAACUGGCUUGAAUCUAGUUACUGCAAUGGCCGUAUGGCGUUGGUUGUUGCAGCUGAUAUAGCAGUUUAUGGGGAUAAAUCAGCUCGUCCUACCGGUGGUGCGGGGGCUGUAGCAAUUUUACUCGGACCGAAUGCUCCUUUGGUGAUUGACUUUGGUCUACGAGCUGUUUAUAUGAAACAUUGUUAUGAUUUCUACAAGCCAAAUUUAAGCUCUGAAUAUCCUAUCGUUGAUGGUCACUUUAGUAUGCAGUGUUAUCGAGAGGCAUUAGAAAUGUGUUAUAAAUUAUAUCGACACAAAUCAGCUUCUAAAGGUCUCAAUAGUAUAAUAACAACACCUUGGCGAGAUACUUUACCGAAGGUGAACAAUGCAAUAGACUAUAUGUGUUUGCAUGCACCAUUUACUCGUCUUGUACAAAAAGCGAUCGGUUGGUUAGCAAUGAUUGAUAUGCGUACAGAAGGCAUUAUUGCAGAUACAUUAAACGAUUCUGAUGUAUUCUUAUCAUCUUCAAAAGCUGGUCAAUUAUGUCAUAAUAAUCAUCAAAUGACGUCGAAAUCAGAGUAUUUUGAUCAGAUAGACCCAUCUAUUUUUAAUGCUUUAAAAGAUUACCGUUUACUUGAUGAUAAACAUAUUCCUGAUCACCAGUUGGAUACAAUUUGUUUGAAAGCUACUGAAUCGUUGUACAGGCGUAAAGUAGAUCCUGGACUAAUGUUCGUUAAAAAUAUUGGAAACAUGUAUACUGCUUCUCUAUAUGCAUGUCUUGUUAGUCUUCUUCUUAAUACUUCAAAAGCUGAACUAUUAGGACGUCGUAUACUAAUGUAUUCUUAUGGUUCUGGAAUGGCAUCAGCUAUGUACAGUAUUCUUAUCCAUCCAGAUCGUGAUUUAUCCACAAUUUUGAAUUGUUCACUAGAAUCGUCCAAUGGUUUGUCUCAUAUUCACAAACGUCUAUUUGAUGAGCGAACUCAAGUGACUGUUUCGCAAUUUGAACUAAUGCUUAAAGAACGAGAACUUUCACAUAAUUCAGCUCCAUUUGAACCAACAUUUCGACCUGAAGGACUGUUUCCUGGUUCAUAUUAUUUGAAGAAUGUAGAUGAUCGUUAUCGUAGAUUUUAUGAGAAAUUAUCAGAAUGUUAAAUGUUUAACGGAUAACUGUUGGAGAAAAUAACUCAAAUCAUUCGAUCAUUUCCAGUUUUCAUUUCAACCUAAAAUAUGUUUCAACAUUAAAUGGAUGUUUCUUAAUUAUACUCUAAAAUAGCCCUAAUUGUUAUUCGCAUGAUAUUUUUUGUCAGUCAUAGUAACACAAUAAUAAUAAUAGUGAUAAUAAUUAGGAUAGUAUUGAAAGCUAGUUGCUUGUUUUAUAUUGUUACCAUGACUAGAUUUCCAUGUUCAAUAUGCAUGGGCUACUAUUUAUCUUACUGGUCAUCAUUUUAUUUACUACUGUGUGCGAUUAAUAGGUAGUAGUAGUAGUAGUAGUAGUAGUAGUAGUAGUGGUGGUAAUGAGUUUUGUAAAUUGAUAGUAUGAUGAAGAAAAGAUGUGUAAAAAUAUGUGGAUUGUAGAAUAAGUAUUGAUAUCCUCAAGUGAGAACUAGGUUAAGCAUGCAUAUAGGUGUAUAUGAAUUCACAAACUGUCAAAAUCACGCUUAAUCAUGAAUGAUCAGUGUUCGCAAGUAUGUAGUGCACUUUUCACAACCAAAAUAAUUACACAAGAUCGACACUGACUGAUUUGUAGUCAGACGUUGAAUGGAGUAAACGGAUUGGUUUUUCUAGGUAUCUGUACUAAUAUUGAUAUCUUCGUUCCAAUUAUCUUCAAUGAAUCUGUGUUCGAUCGUACUUAUGAGUAGGAAGUAUACUGUGUGUUUGUCGUUUGAUGUGAACAUCGACAAUAGACAAUGAAGUUAAUAUUUAUCAUUCUUUGUAUAGAUAGUCUUACAGUAUUCUGUCCUUUCAAUAUUAUGUUGUCCACUGUUUGACUCACAAAGUAUUAAUUACUAGUUCAACUGUUGUGCUAAUAAAUGUCAGUCUAUAUUUUGCCUUAUAAAUUUUAUGAUCACACCAUUUCUCUGAUGUGUCCUAAUAUUUAGCCGUUUUUCAGUGGUUCCGUUGUUUAAAUUUCAACUACUAAGCCACUAACUGUAACUCAACCGUACAUGCGUUUGCUUGCCUAACCGCUUCCUGUUAUUAGCAUUCUCACUUAUAAUGCUCUCGCUUAAAAUCUGCUACGCUAAUUCGUAUGCAGUACGUGAGUUAAGAUUAGAAAUGUCUCGUUACUAAAUUAUCCUGACUAUAUCGAACUGUAAUUACUCACCAUUCUCCGCGACUCUUAUGUCUGCUAUUGAAACUGUCAACUAUCUUCACUCUUUUCAAUGUUUGUGAUAAAUAGUAUAAUAUAUUCUGAAAAUAAUAAUUACAGAAUUCACGCCAGUUUACAGGCAUGGUCAAUUUGAUAUAAAUAGUAACAUUUGAUGUAGAGAACAGACAUGUGAUAGAAGAACGUUUUAAGUAUACAAGUUCAGUAAUUGUUUAUGUAGUACAUGUGUUAUAGCGAUCCAGUGCAUCAGCCGGGACGUUUUAAUUUUUCUUAAGUGGACAGCCUGUUGAUUUAUGAACGGUGUAAUUAAGGUUAUUCCUGUGCCAGAUCGAAUUAAUGAUAAUUAUCUACAACUAGAGAAAGUAAAGCAAAAAACAGAGAGCACGGAACAACAAUGUAAUCAUUACUAAAAUAUGUCAAUUAGGUCUACCAGAAUGCAUAUGUCAUGUGGUACAGUGAUAUAGUGUUGAUUUUAGAUAUUAUUCAAAUUAGUUAAGGUUGCUAGAUACAGUGUUAACGUAAAGUGACACCAGGCAGCUGGUUUUACUUAAGCAAUUCACUAAUAAUAAUAUCACUUAUGGAAUAAGAUACACUUACAGGUGCUAGAACAUUCAGUGCAUUUUAAGAGGAGCAAUAUGCAUUAAUGCAGCGAACAAAUAAUGGGAGUGAUGUUAUCGUACGGAUAGAUCAUGGUAGAUUAUUCCAGAGUCUAGAAGAUUUACAGGUAAAGUAAUUCAUGUAGAAAGAUGAUUUAAAAUAAGUUUGUUUCACUAGUGACAAGGAGUUUUGGUUGUCGUAAUGAGAAGCUUCUGCAUAUUGAAUCACUUGAUUGGAUGUAAAGGAUAGUUUAUUAAGUAUUUUGAAGAAAAAGGUAAGAUUUAGUUUGAGUCUCCUCUUCCAUAAAGGGUCGAGCCCAAGUUUAUUUCAUCUAGAAUUAUAAGUCAAGGUACAAUCAUUUCCAAGAAUACGAAGUCUAAGUCGUCUCUGUACUGAUUCCAGCCUUAAUUUAUCCUUUAUGCGCGCACUACUAAGAGUAAACGUGCAGUAUUCUAGGCGUGGUCGAACAUAAACUUUGUACACUAAAAUACGUGACUGAUCGUUAUAAAGGUUUCGAUUUAUGUAACCUAUAAGACUUUGAGACUUGGAGGUCUGUUUCAAUAUCGGUUCUUUAAACGACAAGUCAUAGGAGUAUCUAAGUCUACCACUGUAUUUAACCUAGAUAACAGUUCGCCAUCUAUGGUAAGAUCUAAGUUGAGUGAUGUAUCGCCGAAGCAUAUCCAUCCACGUUUAGCUGUAUUAAGCCCCAGUUGCCAUUUUAAGCACCACUGUGCUAACUUGCUAAGCUCCAUGCUGAUGCAAUUUCGCAUAUUUUUUAGCUCACGUGGUGAAAAUGAAUACAUUACUUUAAGAUCAUCUGCAUAUAGAAAGGGCUUAUCCACACAAAAACUUUCCCAAAUAUCAUUGAUAAACACUAAAAAGAGCAAAGGGCCUGAGACACUGCCUGGUAUUACACCACUUCUCACAGGGACGGUGCUAGACAAUGAAGAGUUAAUUUUAGCUAUUUGAUAUCGGUUACUGAGGUAGGAAUCAAACCAAACAAGCAAAGGGCUUUGAACUACGUAAGAUGCGAGUUUACUUAUAAGACGUUAGUGGCUAACGAUGUCGAUGGCUUUAGAAAUGUCCAGGUAUAGCACUAAGAUUAGAUAUCUUUGGCUACGUCAGGAAUGGACUAAAAUAAAGAAGUCAAAAUGACAUGUCAUACAAGGUCGAUUUUUAAGAAAUUCAUAUUGAGUAUCAUUGAUAGAUUUUCCAGCGAGUAAUUAGUUGGAAACUUCAUUAUUAAUAGUUUUUUCCAUAAUUCUAGAGAUAACUGGAGUAAUAUUCAUCGGCCGGUAAUUGUUACUGUCAGUCUUAUCUCCAGAUUUGUAACGUGGUAUAAUGUACGCAGUUUUCUAACAGUGAGGGUAGGAACCUGGUUCCAUAGAGAGAGUAAUUGAAUGUAUAAAACGAUGUAUUUGAUAAAUGUUACUAGUCUAGUUGAAAAUAACUAUGUUGACCAUACUCUUCUGCGUACUUUUAUAAUGCGGUAGUAAAUAUGAAGUCAAAAUGUUGAAUUUUUCAAUGACAACGUUUUUCUGUAGACGUUUUGUUCGCAUUUACAAUAUUUUGAUAAUGUACUGAAGUCAUUAGUCAAUAGUUUUGUAAUAUGAUUUAAAUUGUAGCAAUGGUUUAAUGGUUACAAUAUCUGGAUGUUAAUUGUUAGGUUGCAAGUUCAAACGCUGUUUCAUCUAAUUCACCAUUAGCCUUAAAAUCAUGUAUGUAGUUCAUGGCUGGCUAAAAUAAAAAUAUAUAUAUAUACUUAUGCACCAAAUUUAUAUUACAAGUGGAAGAAAGGACUUUCAUGCAAUAUAAUAGACCUUCACAUACAUAUCACAAUUUUCACAGUUGAAAUCACGAGCCGAUCGAGGCUAGACCACCAUUGACAACGUGGAAGCACUGGAUCGCCGUUUCGUUCGAGUAUGGGACUCCCCAAUGGUGCGCAUCCACGGCCCCGCACGCAAACACUUAACCUCGAGACCACGAAACAUCUGUCAAGUAAUUCCAGGUUUUGAAUGAUGGUCUAGCUUAGAUCAAUUCAUGAAGUCAACUGUGAAAAAUACUACAAUUUUCACAAAUCCUCAUACAUACUAAUAUGUCUUAUACAAAGACGAAACAUAUACUCAACACAUUCCGAUUUUUCCACUGAUGCACCUGAAUAAUAUCAGUUAGUGUUGAAUACACUCCCUACAAAUGAAGUACAUAGAAUUAAGUAAUCAACAUGUUUAUUUUUCAUUCAGAUUGUUAGUAAUUUCGUUGAUUAUGUUUUUUCAAUCAACUAUAUUUAAAUAUCUUAUUUUGUUUCAACCAUUUUCUCUCCAUUUUAUGAGGAUUUCACCAUAAUCUUGGUACUCUCUGUCUAUCAAGAUUUAUUGUAAAGAAAAAAAACAAACAAAAAAAGUAGGCCUAAAUGAAACGGUGAUUAUUUCAGUUGAACUCUUAUCAUAUGUAUGUUUAAUCAAAAUGAAAUGUAAUUAGCGCAAUUCUUUAUGAGUUAUUGUUUUGUCGGAACAUCAAUCAUUACUUGUUAAUGAUAUCUUUUUUUAAUUGUUUUGUUUUAAAAGAAUGAAAAUUGAAGAAAUGGGAAAUAAUUUACCAGUUUCUCUCUUCUUUUUUUCUCACAUACUUACAGUGUGUUCUUCGCUUUUCUUCUCAAUUUCGUCUUUUUACUUAAAUAGUCAAAGAAAUUUAGUGUAUUUGUGUUGUUUUCAUGGAUUUUGGUUAGUUUUUUCUGUGUGCAUGUGUUGUAAUGCAUGAAAUGAUGAAAAAGACUGUGCAUAUAUGCCUUAUUUGUAUGUCUUAGUAUUACGAACAAAUCUUUAUUCUCAUUCCAUUUUAGUAUGAAAACCUUUGUUUAUGCAAUAUUUGUAUGGCUUUAAUGAUUUAAUGUUAUUAUUCUUCUGUUAUAAAAUUAAUUAUCUAUCUCUAUGCAUUUAUUUCUUACUGUACACUGAUUAACGUGACAGUGUAUAAAUGACUGUUGAUUAAAAUCUAGUUUAGAAAUCCAGGGUCUUUUUUUACAGACCUAAUGUCUCACGUAUAUUUGCGAGAUCGUAAUCAAUACUGAACGAGUCUCUAGUUUUGUUAAAGAUGAAUCGCAUUUAUUAGCCAUGUGAAAUUAAAUGAAUGAGCUCAGUUGGUUUAUGUAUAUUGGUUUUGAACAUACAAUAAUUGUGUGAAAUUUAAAACUCCUAGCUGGGGAAGCUUGCUUUUCAAUAUGAUGUGUACUUCAAACCAUGAAAGAUUCAACGAUCAGUUUAGUGCUCAAGUUGUGGGGACAAUGAACUGUUAACAUAUUGUGCAUACAUAAAAGGUUGAAGCUAGAAACAGCAGUUGAGAUUAGGAGUCGAGGAGAUACUGGAAAAUGAAAAAGGCUUCAAUUCUAAUUAAGAUGAAUUAGUAUGCUUGUAGAAGUGUUCAAGUGGUUUACACUUCUCAGGCGCCCACAGUAUAAAUGGACAUUACUUUUUGAGGAACCUGAAAAUGAAUGGUAGGUUUUUUCGUUCUGGAAACAUAUCUAAUGGGACAACUAGUUGAGGUUAGUGUCAUAUAAUUUAUUUCCAAGAAGUUUCCAACGUAUUCUGUACUUGUUGGACACUAUAGUUAGUGAAGCAAGAUAAUUCGUAAUAUUUUUCUGUUAACUUGGUCAUUAUUUAAAUAUUUCCUAAACUGGUAGAUCUGUUUUAUAGGUGUAUAAAGCGUAAAAGUUAGUAUUUUGUAUCGCAUAUUUCAAAUAAAAUACUAUCAUUUGUGGUGUAUACACAUGUAUAUAAUCAUUUUAAGGACUGAUAUAAUUACAAGCAACAAACGACAAUUAAUUGAACUAACUAUCUACAUAAUAAUAAUUACUCCAGAGAAGAAAGAACCUCCAUACUGAUAGAAAAACAUGGUUACUUAAAAAAUAAUGCAAGGAACAUGAUAAUAAGUUGUACAUAUAAUGAACAAAAUAAAAUUUCACUUUCAAUCGGAUACUUUUAUCUUUUGUAAAGUUAAUUAACCACACAUAAAUACAUUAUAAAAUGUUUGUCAUUGUCACUUGGAUGUAACAUAUAUAUAUUGAUUAAAGUUAGAAAUUUAAACCUUUGAAUUUCAACAUGGUAAUCCAAACGACCAUAGAUUCGUUACGAACUCUUAUGGUCCUGUUUUCAGCCCCGUGCUAUGGUCAUUGGUCCUUAUUCCUGAAGGGUUUCAUAUCAGGGCUAAAUAGUUGUUCAAUUUUUGAUUUUUAUUAACACCCUGGUCGAAAAAAAUCCGUAACGAAAACUGCGUAUAGAUAUCCUACAUGUAAUUGAAAUAAGUUUCGUAUAUCAGUGAAAAACUUCAGUCAAGAAAUGCUUAUAGGACAAAGAUAACACCAUAAUUAGUAGCGUAUAGCAAUUCACAUAAAUUGACAAGAAACAGGAAGUUGACGAAAUUUAGUGUUUAAUGUUAUCUUAGUAAAUGUGUUUUCUACUUGUCAGUGGUAGAAGUGUUAUAUUGAAGUCAACAUUAUUUUUGAUGAAAGCUGUAUUUCUAUAGUUUAAAUCACGUACUGUUCAUAAAUAAACCACCCCAUUGGAAACCAGGAAGGACUGAGUAACUUCCAUCCUAACAUGAAACUCCUAAAUCACACAUUCAAAACCCUAUCUCGAAUCAUCAGAUCUAGAGUCUUUAGUCUCAUGAUCGAACUCAUCCUGUAAACCAUUGGGGUAUAUAUAUAUAUACAUAUAUAUGGGGACUUGUUAUAAAAUCAUGAUUUUCCACUGUCAUGUUAACAAUAUUUCCAAAUCGGUUCACAAAUUGUUUCCUCACAAGGUAAAGAUUUUUAAUUUUAUAUUAAAAAAAAUAUCAGACUUAAUCUUGUUAAAUAACUAAUAAAAAACCUUUUAAAAUUAGCUAAUUAAAAGAAGUACGUUAAUUAAUACUACCCAGUUGUACGAGAAUUGCGUAAUCAGACUAUUUGUGUUAUAUAUUAUCACUUACUAAUUACAUUUAUUUAUACAUAACAGACUUGUCUCCACACUUCGGUAUUCUAAUUCACACAGGUGCAUAAGAAUUUCUUGAAUAGGUAACAAUCAUUGUUUUUUGUAACAUUAGUCGAAUCUUGUAUUUUUCAUCUAAUAAAGUAUGCUAUUGCAUUUUUGGUUAUGACAUGCUGAUCCUCUUUAUUUGUAUGCAUAUGUUUAAAUCACGAGAUUCAGAUUUAAGCUAAUGAAUUUAUCGCUUAUCAUGACUGACUGGGAUAGGUUUAGAUUGAUAGAAAAAAAUUGGACGACCAUAGCAAAUCAUGAUAUUAAUUCAUGAAUACCUUAAAUGUUGAACUAUCCAUUGUCGGUAAAUGUAAACUUCUUUAUUGAGAUAUACAGGAUACUCGUGUUACCUGGUCAGCUAUUUUGGGUGAAUUGGCAAAGUUCUAUUCCCUAUCCAUCCUUCUAUAAAUCUUCAUGUAGAUAUCAUUCCAAACUUUCUAUUGUUCAAUCUCACUUGUUUCAUUUUGAAAUGCAUUUUACUUCUGCCUCUUUCAAUAUUAUUUUACAUCUUGUAUUUCUCGGCUUUUCGAUUGUGUUCAACUAUGCUGAUGUGAUUGUUCGGCAGCUUAUACCAUUACACAUUCCUUCAUGAUCCUAAGUUGAUGAUUAUUAACUAACCCUUUCGUUAAAAUAGCUUAAAAUCCUUUUUCUACGAUACAGUUUCAUUUAUUCUUCGUUUUCUUAUAAUUGCUGAACUUGCUAUAAAUUCCAAAAUUUUCACUCUGAUGUAAUUCGUUACAUUUUUAUUACGUUUCGUAUCUUCAUUUCUGUACGUUUAAUAUUAUAUUCCCUUGUUUAUUUAUUAUUUUGGCAAUUUCACAAUAAAACGAC